UGAACCAAAAGAAGACAAAAGAAUUUCAUAUUUCAGCGGCCUCUAUGUACAAACCCACCCACUCAUGUGGGAAUCCAGCCUUUUCCACUCCAAACGGCACCGUCCCCACCACACUCCUCCCCCCUCUAAUUCCAAACCCUCCGCCUCCCAAUGAAGAACAACCUCCCUGCCACCUUCCGACUCCCUCCAACACCGCGCCGAUCAUGCUAUCCGUCGCCGCCGUAGCGUCCUGGCUCGGCUCCCGCCGGAUCCGCUACUGCUUGCUGCUCCUAUGCUCGCCCCUUCUAUUGCCAUGCCUCUGCGCCGCGUUCCCGCUGAUCUGCGCCGCCGAGAUCUGCCUCCGCCGCCGAGUCAGGAGACGGAAGGCCGCGCACGGAUCCCAAGAGGAAGAGCCGCUGAGGCGAUGCGAGGAGGGCUGUGGAUGCGGCGUUGUAGAAGAGGACCAAGGAGUGGGGCUGUUGCAGCGGUACUUGGAGGAUCAGAUGCUUCUCGUUGGAUCGGUAUACGACUGCGGCGAUGACGAUGACGAUGGUCCAAGUGGCGGGAGCAGGACGCCUUUACUGGGCUGAUUUUGGGGUUCUUGUAUUUUUUAGGUGUGUAAAUGGCAUGAUGGAAUUUUGUUAUUAGAUAUCAGUUAUGUUCAUAUUUUGGAUUGGUAAAUUUGUUUGGUGAAUUGAGGUUUCUGGGAAUACGUAAGUUUUACCAGAGAAUUUCUUCAAAAAUUUUCAUUAGUUGGAAUUAAUUGGUUUGGGGGUUGGGGUGUAUUUAAUCAAAAUUAUACUUGUACUAAUUUUGCAUAUUUUUUUCGCAUUCGUA